AUGGAGAAGGCAAAAUCAUAUAGGAAUGACAAAGAAAUGGCAUUUUUGUCAUUUCACAGUCUUUGCCAUGUCAUAUUUGAUAGCCAGAAAUAUGAGAUGUCAGUCCAAGGCCGCUUCGAAUACAGACCAGGUCGAGUUGGAGAAUUUGGAAUGAUUGCUGGAGGAUCUGGAAUUACCCCUAUCUUUCAGAUCACCCGAGCUAUAUUAGAGAACCCAGCAGACAAAACCAAUUUGCAUCUUAUAUAUGCCAAUACAACCUAUGAGGAUAUUCUUUUGAAGGAUGAAUUAGAUGGCUUUGCUUCUAAAUUCCCCAGCCGUUUUAAGGUAUUUUAUGUCCUUAGUCAGCCCCCUGAGGCAUGGGAUGGUGGCGUUGGUCACAUCACAAAGGAAAUGAUUCAAAUUCAUUGUCCUCCUCCAGCAUCUCACGUUCAGAUUCUGAGGUGUGGGCCACCAGGCAUGAACAAGGCCGUAGCUGCACAUCUUAACGCAAUUGGAUACACACCCAACAUGCAAUUUGAGUGCUGAUUUGUAUAUUUAAGCCUUUUCACCACUUGGACAAUAGGUGGGUGGCAUUACAUCUUUUUUUUGUUUUUUAAAUACAAAUUUCAGUUAAUCAUAUAAAUUUGAGUAUUUAAUCAA